AUGCAUCCUCCAGAAACCACCACCAAGAUGGCUUCAGUUCGGUUCAUGGUGACACCAACGAAGAUUGAUGAUAUUCCAGGUCUGUCAGACACCAGCCCAGACCUCAGCUCCAGAUCCAGUUCCCGAGUAAGAUUUAGCUCCCGGGAGAGCAUGCCUGAAACCACCCGUAGUGACCCUAUGAGCGAGAUGUCUGGAGCCACCACUUCACUGGCAACUCUGGCCCAGGAUCCAGCCAGUGACCGGACUUCUAACCCCCAGGAUGUUACAGAGGAGCCGAGUCAGAACUCCAUCACAGGGGAACACAGCCAGCUGUUAGAUGAUGGCCAUAAGAAAGCUCGAAAUGCUUAUCUCAAUAAUUCCAAUUAUGAAGAAGCAGAUGAAUAUUUUGAUAAAAACUUGGCACUCUUUGAGGAAGAAAUGGACACCAGACCAAAGGUGUCUUCUCUCCUCAACCGCAUGGCUAAUUACACCAAUCUGACUCAAGGAGCAAAAGAACAUGAAGAGGCAGAGAACAUCACUGAAGGGAAAAAGAAGCCCACCAAGACCCCCCAAAUGGGUACCUUCAUGGGUGUCUACCUCCCAUGUCUACAAAAUAUUUUUGGAGUGAUCCUGUUUCUACGCCUUACAUGGGUGGUGGGCACAGCUGGAGUUCUUCAGGCCUUUGCAAUUGUCCUUAUUUGCUGCUGCUGUACAAUAUUGACUGCUAUCUCUAUGAGUGCCAUUGCGACUAAUGGAGUGGUGCCAGCUGGGGGCUCAUACUUCAUGAUUUCCCGGGCACUGGGCCCCGAGUUUGGUGGAGCUGUUGGCCUCUGCUUCUAUCUUGGUACCACAUUUGCAGCAGCUAUGUAUAUUCUUGGUGCCAUUGAAAUUUUCCUGGUAUACAUUGUCCCCCGGGCUGCCAUCUUCCGUAGCGAUGAUGUACUCAAGGAAUCAGCAGCCAUGCUAAAUAACAUGCGUGUCUAUGGCACAGCCUUCUUAGUGCUCAUGGUAUUGGUGGUCUUCAUCGGCGUGCGCUAUGUGAACAAGUUCGCCUCGCUUUUUUUGGCCUGUGUCAUUGUGUCCAUCUUGGCCAUCUACGCGGGAGCCAUCAAGUCGUCUUUUGCCCCUCCACACUUCCCGGUCUGCAUGCUGGGGAACCGCACCCUUUCAUCAAGACACUUCGAUACUUGCUCUAAGACCAAGGAGAUGAACAACAUGACGGUACCGUCAAAGCUAUGGGGUUUCUUCUGCAACUCCAGUCAGUUUUUCAAUGCCACCUGUGACGAGUACUUCGUUCACAAUAACGUCACGUCAAUCCAGGGGAUUCCUGGGUUGGCUAGUGGUGUCAUUAAAGAGAAUCUUUGGAGUAAUUAUCUACCAAAGGGUGAGAUCAUUGAAAAGCCCUCUGCCAAAUCUUCUGAUGUGUUAGGCAACUUAAACCAUGAGUAUGUCCUCGUUGACAUCACCACCUCCUUCACUCUUCUGGUGGGGAUCUUCUUUCCCUCUGUCACAGGUAUCAUGGCUGGAUCAAACAGAUCUGGAGAUCUAAAAGAUGCUCAGAAGUCUAUUCCCAUUGGCACUAUCCUCGCCAUCCUGACCACCUCCUUUGUCUAUUUAAGCAAUGUUGUCCUUUUUGGUGCAUGCAUCGAAGGCGUUGUUCUCAGAGACAAGUUCGGGGAUGCUGUGAAAGGCAAUCUGGUGGUAGGUAUCUUAUCCUGGCCGUCCCCGUGGGUGAUCGUUAUUGGCUCCUUCUUCUCCACGUGUGGGGCUGGACUUCAGAGCCUCACCGGGGCCCCGCGGCUGCUCCAGGCUAUCGCCAAGGAUAACAUCAUACCCUUUCUGAGGGUUUUUGGUCACAGCAAAGCCAAUGGGGAACCUACAUGGGCUUUACUUCUGACUGCUGCCAUUGCAGAGCUGGGAAUCCUUAUCGCUUCUCUGGAUCUUGUCGCCCCAAUUCUUUCCAUGUUUUUUCUCAUGUGCUACCUCUUUGUGAACUUGGCAUGUGCUUUGCAAACAUUACUUCGAACACCCAACUGGAGACCCCGGUUCCGCUACUACCACUGGACCCUCUCUUUUAUGGGAAUGAGUAUCUGUCUGGCUCUGAUGUUCAUUUCUUCCUGGUAUUAUGCCAUCGUAGCUAUUGUAAUAGCUGGUAUGAUCUAUAAGUACAUUGAGUACCAAGGAGCUGAGAAAGAAUGGGGUGAUGGUAUCCGUGGGCUAUCCCUCAGUGCAGCCCGGUUUGCUUUGCUUCGUCUGGAGGAAGGACCUCCUCACACUAAAAACUGGAGGCCUCAGUUGCUCGUAUUAAUGAAACUAGAUGAAGAUUUACACGUCAAGCAUCCUCGCCUCCUCACCUUUGCUUCACAGCUUAAAGCAGGAAAGGGCCUCACUAUUGUGGGCUCUGUCAUUGUGGGGAACUUCCUGGAGAACUAUGGUGAAGCUUUAGCUGCUGAACAGACCAUAAAGCACCUAAUGGAGGCAGAGAAGGUGAAAGGAUUCUGCCAGCUGGUGGUGGCUGCCAAGCUGAAAGAGGGCAUUUCCCACCUCAUCCAGUCGUGUGGCCUUGGAGGCAUGAAGCACAAUACGGUAGUGAUGGGAUGGCCCAAUAGCUGGCGCCAGAGCGAAGAUUCUCGAUCUUGGAAGACUUUUAUUGGCACAGUUCGAGUGACAACUGCUGCCCAUCUGGCCCUGCUAGUGGCGAAAAACAUCUCGUUCUUUCCCAGCAACGUGGAGCAGUUUUCUGAGGGCAACAUUGACGUGUGGUGGAUUGUGCAUGACGGGGGGAUGCUCAUGUUGCUACCAUUCCUACUUAAACAGUACAAGGUGUGGCGAAAAUGCAACAUACGGAUCUUCACAGUAGCCCAGCUAGAGGACAACAGUAUUCAGAUGAAGAAAGACCUGGCCACCUUCCUGUAUCACCUGCGCAUUGAGGCCGAGGUGGAAGUGGUGGAGAUGCAUGACAGUGACAUAUCAGCUUACACCUAUGAACGUACUCUGAUGAUGGAGCAAAGGUCCCAGAUGCUCCGGCACAUGCGACUCUCCAAAACAGAGAGGGACAGAGAGGCACAGUUGGUGAAAGACCGGAAUUCAAUGCUACGACUGACCAGCAUUGGCUCUGAUGAGGAUGAAGAGACAGAAACCUAUCAGGAGAAGGUGCACAUGACUUGGACGAAAGACAAGUACAUGGCAUCCCGGGGGCAAAGGGCCAAGUCAAUGGAAGGAUUUCAGGACCUGCUUAACAUGCGUCCGGACCAGUCAAAUGUGAGGCGGAUGCAUACAGCAGUGAAGCUCAAUGAGGUCAUAGUUAACAAGUCCCAUGAAGCAAAGUUGGUUUUGUUGAAUAUGCCAGGGCCACCCCGAAACCCUGAGGGUGACGAAAACUACAUGGAGUUCCUAGAAGUGCUCACCGAGGGACUAGAGCGCGUCCUCCUGGUCCGAGGAGGUGGCAGUGAAGUGAUCACCAUUUACUCAUAA